AUGGCGGACGUGGAGAUGAAAGAGGCAAGCUCCUCCAAGGGCAAGGCCGUGUCAAAGGACACUGGCGACAAGAAGAAGUUUGAAGUCAAGAAGUGGAACGCAGUUGCCCUCUGGGCCUGGGACAUUGUUGUCGAUAACUGCGCCAUCUGCCGAAACCACAUUAUGGACCUGUGUAUCGAAUGCCAGGCCAACCAGGGCUCAUCCACUACCGAGGAGUGCACCGUCGCAUGGGGUAUUUGCAAUCACGCCUUCCACUUCCACUGCAUAUCGAGAUGGCUCAAGACCCGCCAGGUCUGCCCGUUGGACAACCGAGACUGGGAGUUCCAGAAGUACGGCCGGUAA